AUGUUCGCAGCAAUCGUGCGCUUGUGCCUCCCGGAAAGCCAAGUGUUUCUGACAGCUAGAGCUUACGCUAGGAUCCGCGAGGAAUCGCGAGGAAGGAGGACUCACGGUUUGCAUAGAACCAAAAUCUUUCUGAACGAGACGAAGAAGAUGUUAAGGAGACACUGGAUACUCUGCAUCUAUGCUGUAGUGUUCAUGUCCGGUUUCAAUUUCCUUUCUCAUGGUUCACAGGACCUGUUUCCAACAUACAUCCAAAUUUCCAAGGGCUUCUCUGCGCACGACGCAACCACAAUGACAAUAAUUGGCUUUUGUGGCGCCAUAAUGGGAGGUGCUGUUUCGGGCGCGAUCUCACAAUACAUCGGUCGUCGGCUUUCGAUGAUCCUAUUUGUUCUUCUUGGUGCCCUAUUCAUCCCUUUAUGGAUAUUACCCAAUUCCUUUGCUGGCUUAGCGGUCGGGAUCAUGGGGGGCUGUAAGGCUCCUUACAAAAAUGUUUUGUCUGUUUUCGUAGGGGGGAAGUUGGCCUUAUCCACCAGAUCUUGA